AUGGAUCAGACAUUCAGUGGUGUUGUCCAUGCACAUCCUGAUGUUGUAGAACUUCCCAGUGAAGCAAUUGAUCCAGAAACAUUGGAACAAUUUCGCCAAAUGGGCUAUGCUAAUAAUGAUGAAGUUGGCCCAGCUGUGACAUAUGGUGCUGAGUGGCGCGUAGCCGAUGCAGCCGAUGUCCAGCCUCAUUGGCAGCACACCCAGUCAUACUCUACUAUACCAAACGCAGCUUACCAACAGGGUCAUCUUCAGAGUUGGGAUUCUCAAGUUGUCUACACCGCACCACCUGGGCCUUUUCAUAAGAACUCUCAAACACAACAACCGAUGUUCUAUGUGCCGGAAAGCUUCGACAACUCUCCAUCAACAAAAUCAGUUGCGUAUUUUGCUCAAUCCAUGGAUGGUUAUCCUAUGGCAGUGCAAAGCCAUCAUGCUUUACAACCGCAAGGGACAGCCGGUCCACCGCCUCCAUAUUCGGUCCCGCCUCCACAGCAUUGUCCACCUUCUAUUCCUGGAUACCAACAUUUGCAGGGUAGUGGUUCACAACCUCCAUUGGAUAGCUACGCAAGUGCUGUGCAAAGAUCUGAAAAGGAGCUAGAAAUGAUGCGACACCAGUUGGGCUCAGCACUGCCUGAUAGACCGGAAUCUUUUGAUCCACAUAUUCGACAACUGCUUGCAACGAGAAGAUUGGAUCAAGCAGCACUUGUCAAUGCAAGUUUCUUUCCCAUUUUUAGGUUACCCUCGAUAGAAGUACUGGUAUUAGGUGUUUAG